AUGAGCUCAAAGAAAAUGUCAACGCAAGAUGGGGAAAACCGAACAAGGGAAAAGGGAAAACUAAAGAAACGUGACUCUAUUGCGUCGCGGAGAAGUGAAAAUUGCUCAUCGUCAGACGAAGAUGAAGGAGUCCAGCCUCACGAGAAAGCCAUUGCCAGUGGGCAACCAAACCCAGCGUACUGUGUCCGUAAUAUUGAACAGCAUGCCUUUGGGAGGAGGGAGAUUGAGAUUGCCGAACAAGAGAUGCCGGGAAUUAUUGCGUUGAGGGCCAGAGCAAAGGAUGAUAAGCCGUUAAAAGAUGCCAAGAUCGUCGGGUGCACACACAUAAACGCACAGACAGCAGUUCUCAUCGAGACGUUGGCAGCUCUAGGAGCCACAGUGCGUUGGGCGGCUUGCAACAUAUACAGCACGCAGAACGAAGUGGCAGCGGCUUUAGCACAUGCUGGAUUUGCUAUUUUCGCCUGGCGUGGUGAAAGUGAAGAAGCUUUCUGGUGGUGCAUAGACCAGUGCUGCACUCCGACAGCCACGUGGCAGCCGAACAUGAUCCUGGAUGACGGCGGUGAUGCCACACACCUCAUGCUGAAGAAACAUGCGGCUGCCUUCAAACAUAUUAAAGGUAUUGUAGAAGAGAGCGUGACAGGGGUACACAGACUAUAUCAGCUCAGCAAGGCGGGCAAGCUGUGCGUACCCGCUAUGAACGUCAACGAUUCCGUCACUAAAACUAAGUUCGAUAAUCUUUAUUCGUGUCGGGAAAGUAUAAUAGAUGCUUUAAAACGGAGCACAGAUUUAAUGUUUGGUGGUAAGCAGUCGGUCGUGUGCGGCUACGGAGAAGUUGGAAAGGGAUGCUGUCAAGCGCUGAAGGCGCUGGGUUGUGUGGUGUAUAUAACAGAAAUAGAUCCGAUAUGUGCGCUGCAGGCAGCCAUGGACGGAUUCAGAGUCGUCAAACUGAAUGAGGUGAUCCGGCAAGUGGACAUAGUGAUAACAGCGACGGGUAACAAGGGCGUGGUGACCAGGGAACACAUGGAGCGGAUGAAGAACGGCUGUGUGGUGUGCAACAUGGGCCACAGCAACACGGAGAUUGACGUGCACGCGCUCCGCACGCCGGACCUGCUCUGGGAGAGGGUGAGGAGCCAGGUGGACCACAUAAUAUGGUCGAGCGGCAAGCGCAUAGUGCUGCUGGCGGAGGGGCGGCUCGCCAACCUGUGCUGCUCGUCGCUGCCGUCCUUCGUGGUGUCCGUCACCGCCGCCACGCAGGCGCUGGCGCUCAUCGAGCUCUACAACGCGCCGCACCACCGGUACAAGGCUGAUGUAUACCUUUUACCGAAGAAAAUGGAUGAGUAUGUAGCCAGUCUGCACCUUCCCACGUUCGAUGCCCACCUCACAGAGCUAACGGACGAGCAGGCGAAGUACUUAGGCCUCAACAAAGUAGGACCCUUUAAACCUAACUACUAUAGGUACUAG